AUCAUCAGCACUGUCAGCUGUCUAUACAGUCACCAAGCUCCUUGUUAAAGCCCAGCAUUGGGCAAUGGGCUCAGUGGGAUAAUCAAACAUCUGACCCCCCUCAUCAUGCUAAUCAGUUAGUGAUAUGUGAAAGGGGGCUGGACUUAUAUGACCUUACCUUUUAAAUCUCUGUGUAUCUCAGCAUAGAGGCUUCUCUCGUUCCAUCCCACACUAGAUUCAGGACUGUUUCGUUCCCCACCACCAGUGACAACAUGGCAAAGACAAUGGUACUUGAGCUGAAGAAUGUGAAGCUGAGAGCUGGAGACCAGUUGAAAGUGGCGGGGAGGAUUCUGCCUGAGGCGAAGGGGUUCCAGAUAGAUCUGGGCUGUGACGAAGAUCACCUGGCACUGCACUUCAACCCACGUUUUGAGGAUGACACGGACGGUGCUGUGCUCGUGUGCAACUCAAAGAUUGACGGCUGCUGGGGUCAUGAGGAGAGAGAGAAACACAGUGGCCUCCAAAGGGGUUCUACUUUCAAGAUUGUCCUGAAGCUGACCGGAGACCUGUUUGAAGUGGAGAUGCCUAAUGGACAUGAGAUCAAAUUCCCCAACCGUUCCGUCUUGGACGUCAUUACCUACGUUCGUGUCAGAGGGGACUUAAAGCUCACCGCCUUUAAGAUCUACUAAAGAGACCCAUAAUAUCCACCUUGUGUAGCCUGGCAACAACGGCACGGCCAAUUUGUCUCGUUUUGUCUUCCAAUUUCCGUGGCGUUCCGGCCCAAUGACACACAAGCAAGUGGGCGGGGCUACAUAUAGAGUUAGACCAAUGGGCAGUAAAGACAGGAUCAAUGGCCUGUAUCAAAUAGUAAAUGGAAAUAUGGGAUGACCAUGGUACGUUUUGUUGUCACAAUAUUCUGACAAACAGUAAACACAAGGGACAACUGGGGGUGAGGUUAGGAUACUGUCAACUAAUUACAUUCCUUUACAAAUACAGACGUAUUACACACACACACAUCUUGGCCGAAUGAAAUAUCAGUCAAUGUUUUACUUGUUUUGGUGAGAGAGAAUGUAUUCUGAUACUGUAGUAGCCCAAAUGAUUACAUUAUUACUGAUCUAAUCUA